UGAACAGCGCUACACAGCAAUAUAAAAUCAGCUCCCUGCACAAAUUUCCCUUCCCCCGCUCUGGCCUUCUACUUCAUCCUAACUAACAAUCAGCUCUCCAUUUCAGAAAACCUCAAACCAUUCAUCAAUGGCUGGUGUAAACAAACGAAAACGAGGAAGAAACCCCAAAUCAGAUCCCCCUUCAACACCAGACAUCCCAACAUCCACGGCCCCAUCAACUUCACCCCACAUUGACGACGUCGUUUUCUCAGUCAGCAACGUUGAGCUAAUCGACCCACUUCCUUCUUCCGCUUCCCACCGUCCUCGCCGUGGGAGGCCUCGCAAAAUACCCGCUCUACCCGAGAACUCUAACCCCACCAACCCCGAAAAUGGAAAAACCCUAAAAGUCACCUCCCCUACACGACGCUUAAUUGAUAAACCCAAUGGGGUAGCUUCUCUUAUUUCUUCUGAGGGUACUAGUAUAAAUGCUUCUGUUGCUAGGGUGGUGCCGGUGAUGGAUGCUGUAGUCAAGGUGUUUUGUGUUCACACCGAACCGAAUUAUUCCCUUCCGUGGCAGCGGAAGCGACAGUAUAGUUCAAGUAGUAGUGGGUUCGUUAUCAAAGAAAGAAGGGUUCUCACGAAUGCACACUCUGUUGAGCAUUACACGCAGGUUAAGUUGAAGAAGAGAGGGUCAGAUACCAAGUAUGUAGCAACUGUGCUCGCUAUUGGAACUGAAUGUGAUAUUGCUUUGCUUACUGUGGAUGGUGAUGAGUUCUGGGAAGGGGUCUCACCUGUGGAAUUUGGGGAUUUGCCAGCGCUGCAAGAUGCUGUGACAGUAGUAGGUUAUCCAAUUGGUGGUGACACAAUCUCCGUGACAAGUGGUGUUGUUUCACGCAUAGAGAUAUUAUCUUAUGUUCAUGGGUCUACUGAACUUUUGGGGCUCCAGAUUGAUGCUGCUAUAAAUUCUGGAAAUUCUGGUGGGCCUGCUUUUAAUGAUAAAGGAAAUUGUGUAGGUAUCGCAUUUCAGUCCCUUAAACAUGAAGAUGUGGAGAAUAUUGGUUAUGUCAUCCCAACACCUGUAAUCACACACUUCAUUAAAGACUAUGAGAAGAAUGGAGCAUAUACCGGAUUUCCCAUUCUUGGGGUUGAGUGGCAGAAGAUGGAAAAUCCAGAUCUGCGUUUAUCAAUGGGAAUGAAACCUGACCAGAAAGGUGUCCGUAUAAGAAGAAUCGACCCUACUGCCCCAGAGUCGAUGAUGUUGAUGCCAUCUGAUGUAAUCCUAAGCUUCGAUGGGGUUGAUAUUGCCAAUGAUGGAACAGUUCCAUUUCGGCAUGGAGAGCGUAUAGGUUUUAGUUAUCUUGUAUCCCAAAAAUAUUCCGGUGACGGCGCUGCAGUUAAAGUUCUUCGUCGUAAUUCUGAGAUAUUAAAUUUCAUCAUCAAACUUGCAACUCAGAUGAGGCUUAUUCCUGCUCACAACAAGGGGAGACCUCCAUCAUAUUAUAUUAUAGCUGGGUUUGUUUUUACAACUGUAUCUGUUCCAUAUCUUCGUUCAGAGUAUGGAAAGGAUUAUGAGUACGAAGCUCCUGUAAAGCUAUUGGACAAACUCUUACAUGAGUUUCGACAAUCACCUGAUGAACAGAUUGUUGUGGUUUCCCAGGUUCUUGUUGCUGACAUUAACAUCGGAUAUGAGGAGAUAGUUAAUACUCAGGUUCUUGCUUUCAACGGUGAGCCUGUAAAAAAUUUGAAGAGCUUGGCCAGGAUGGUAGAGAAGUGCAAUGAUGAGUUUUUGAAGUUUGAUUUGGAAUAUCAGCAGGUAGUAGUCCUUCAGACAGAGACAGCAAAAUCUGCAACAUCAGACAUCCUUACUACACAUUGUAUUCCUUGUGCCAUGUCCGAGGAUCUCAGGACGUAAAUCAUUUCAGCAAAGUCAAAUCAAAAUUCUUGUUGCCAGCAUGACAAUAUUCAUCUUUUUUCUUUUUGCCCGCCAUCUUUAUUUUGUCCUCAGUAUUCUUAGUUUCAUAAUUGAUCUGUAGCCAAGCUGGUGAUUUUUGUAGUAUUUCACCAUCAAUGGAUGGUAAAUAAACCUAAGGUGUUGGUACUCUGAUGCUUACAAGAAUUAGUAAAGGGUUGUACCAUUUGGAUA